AUGUGCUGGGGGACAUUCUCAAAGUUGUAUAUAGAUGACGUGGUAGUCAAGUCUAAGAAGAAGGAAGAUCACAUCGAGAAUUUGCGGACAGUGUUCACCAGGAUGAGAAAGCAGAAGCUUAGGAUGAACCCAGCUAAAUGCAUUUUUGGGGUUCGAGCAGAAGACUUCUUGGGUUUCAUAGUGCAUGAAAGAGGUAUUGAGGUCGCGGAAGAUAAGGCUAAAGCUGUGUUAGAUACGCCGGCACCAAGGAACAAGAAGGAACUUCAGAGUUUGCUCGGGAAAAUAAACUUCCUUCGACGCUUCAUUUCUAAUUCCGCUGGCAAAACCGCAGUCUUCUCUCCUUUGCUGAAGCUUAAGGCGGAUCAAGAAUUUCAGUGGGGACCUACGCAACAGGCAGCUUUUGACAAAAUCAAGGAAUACCUUACUCAUCCACCUGUUCUUAGACCCCCACGGCCGGGAAUACCUUUGAAGUUAUACAUCUCUGCAUCUCCUUACUCCAUCGCAGGACUCAUUGCACAUGAUGGUGAUGGAGAGGGGGGCAAGAAGGUUGAACAUGCGGUUUAUUACUUGAGCCGAACCUUGUUAGACGCUGAAACUAGAUACUCGCCCAUUGAGAGGUUAUGUUUAGCUCUGUACUUCGCAGUAUACACCCUUAAAGGCGCUACAGGACAUGCAGUGUCCGAUUUCUUGUUGCAUCAUCCUAUUGUGGAGGACAUUGACGACCAUAAUGUGGUUGUUUCCUUCGUUCACACUCAGCCUUGGGUUUUAUACUUCGAUGGUAGCAGCACCGAUCACUUGUCCGGAGCGGGUGUUACAUUGGUUAAUCCCUCUGGCGUCAGACAUUGUUACUCUUUCCAGCUGGAGUGGAAGUGCACUAACAAUCACGCAGAAUAUGAGGCCAUCAUCAUUGGUUUGGAGUUGUUGCUUGAUCUGGAGGUCACCGAGGUGGAGGUAUUAGAUGAUUCCCUCUUAGUCAUUAACCAGCUCAAGGGGAUCUACAAGUGUAACAACUUUGCAUUACUCCUUUUUUUGGAACGAGCAUCGGAAUUGUUAGACCAAUUUGCCGAUGUGAUGCUUGAUUAUAUUCCUCGCGAACGAAAUUUCGCUGCCAAUGAAUUAGCACAGUUGGCUACGGGCAUUCGCUUGGCAGAUGGCGUUCGCGAGAGCAUUUUGAAGGUUCAGAGACGCACAUUACCUUCCUUUAUGGCAAGAAAGGAGGUUAACGAUGAAUGGUUGGUAGCUGUUAUUGAUACUAUUGAUGUAGAUUGGCGGCAAUCGAUUAUCCAGUACUUCACUGAUCCUUCUGCACCGGUGGACAAGAGGGUUAGAUAUUUUGCUACUACCUACGUCCUUCGAGGCGGUGAACUAUUGCGCAGGCCAGAAGAUGGCUUGUACCUACGAUGCAUUUAUGGAGCUGAGGCUAAGAGGUGCUUGCGAGAGGUUCACUGUGGCAAUUGUGGUUCUCACCAAGCCGGUCCAAAGAUGCGUUGGCUCAUUCGCCGAUAUGAUUUUUAUUGGCCUACCAUGCUCAAGGACUGCAUCAGUUUCGCACAGGGUUGCAUUGAAUGUCAAAUGCAUGGGCCAGUCCAGCAUGUGCCUGACGUUCCUCUACAACCAAUCAUUAAACCUUGGCUGGGUCGCGGCUGGGCUUUAGACUUUAUUGGGGAGAUUCACCACAAUUCUUCCUUGCAGCACAAGCACAUUCUCUUGGCUACAGAUUUCUUCACCAAAUGGGUCGAGGCCAUACCAGUCAAGACGACGUCUUCAGAGGUGAUCACGGACUUCAUCUUCAAAUAUAUUAUCACCAGGUAUGGUAUUCCAAAAUGUUUGGUUGCAGACAGGGGGGCAGGUUUCAUGGCUGAGAAGACCCAGAAAUUCCUAGCUGGCUAUGGGAUCAAGUUUCUGCAUUCCAGUCCUUAUUAUGCAAGCGAAUGGCCAGGCAGAAGCUAG